CAUUCUCAUAUCAUAGGUGUCUUUUCAAAACCAAAUUUAUUUUGCGGCCGAAAUAUGAAAGAGUACAUUGUUAGACGCGUUUGUUGAAGUUUCAAAGCAAAUUUACAAACAAGUAAACCAACACGUCUCAUAUAGAUAAAGUAACACAUUAUAAAACCACACAAAUCUUCCACCAUUUUUCCUCACACUUUCAAAACCAUGGCUAAAUCAUAUUUUUCUAUACCUUUUUUUCUUCUAAGUGUUAUUUUCUCUUCAUCUUUUGCAGCACAAACACCAACACAAUCUUUGUACACAUCUUUCCUUCAAUGUCUCACACAAAACAACACAGAUUCAACAAUCUCAAACAUUGUUUUCUCCCAAACAAAUUCUUCAUUUUCUACUGUCCUUCAAGAUUACAUUAGAAACGCACGUUUCAACACAACCUCAACUUCAAAACCAUUAAUCAUAGUAACUCCAAAAAACCCUUCACAUGUUCAAUCAACUGUUAUUUGUGCCAAAAAUGUUAACAUUCAAAUCAAAAUUAGAAGUGGUGGACAUGAUUAUGAAGGAAUUUCUUAUGUUAAUAAAUCACCCUUUAUCAUUCUUGAUAUGUUCAAUCUAAGAACAAUCAAUGUUGAUAUUGAAAAUGAAGUUGCUUAUAUUCAAGCUGGUUCAACACUUGGUGAAGUUUAUUAUAGAAUUUAUGAAAAGAGUAAAGUUCAUGGCUUUCCAGCUGGUGUUUGUCCAACUGUUGGUGUUGGUGGUCACCUAAGUGGUGGAGGGUACGGUACAAUGUUGCGAAAAUAUGGUCUUUCUGUUGAUAAUGUUAUUGAUGCCGAAAUUGUUGAUGUUAAAGGUAGGCUUUUGAAUAGGAAAUCAAUGGGAGAAGAUCUUUUUUGGGCUAUACGAGGCGGUGGUGGUGCUAGUUUUGGUGUUGUUUUGUCUUAUACUAUUAAAUUAGUAGCGGUUCCUGAAACCGUUACUGUUUUUCGUAUUGAGAAAACUUUGGAUCAGAAUGCUACCGAUCUUGUUGUUCAAUGGCAACAAGUUGCGCCGACAACUGAUGAUAGGCUUUUUAUGAGACUACUUUUGCAGCCUAUAACUUCUAAAGUUGUCAAAGGAACAAAAACCGUUAGAGCUUCUGUUGUUGCUUUGUUCCUUGGCGGGGCUGAGGAAGUGGUAGGGAUUUUGGAGAAAGAAUUUCCACUUUUGGGAUUGAAGAAAGCAGAUUGUAUUGAAUUGAGUUGGAUUAAUUCCGUUCUUUGGUAUAAUGAUGCUGAUGCUUUUAACAAUGGCGCGAAACCGGAGAGUCUUUUAGAUAGGAAUCUUAAUUCGGCAAGUUUCGGUAAGAGAAAAUCCGAUUAUGUUCAGAAACCUAUUUCAAGAGAUGGUUUGGAAUUGAUAUGGAAGAAGAUGAUUCAAUUAGGAAAAGUUGGAUUUGUUUUUAAUCCUUAUGGUGGAAAAAUGAAUGAGAUUCCGGCCGAUGCAACGCCUUUUCCUCACCGUGCCGGGAAUUUGUUCAAAAUUCAAUUUUCAGUGAAUUGGGAUGAUCCAUCAGCUAAUGCAACAACAAAUUAUUUGAAUCAAGCUAAGACACUUUAUAGUUUCAUGACACCUUAUGUGUCAAACAAUCCAAGAAGUGCUUAUUUAAAUUACAGGGACCUUGAUAUUGGAAUUAAUAGUUUUGGUAAGAAUAGUUACCAAGAAGGUCAAGUUUAUGCUACUAAGUAUUUUAAUAAUAAUUUUGAUAGGUUGGUUAAGAUUAAGACUGUUGUUGAUCCUAAAAACUUUUUUAGGAAUGAACAAAGUAUUCCUGUUCAUCCUUAAAAAACAUAUUUAAGAAUCAACUAAUGUGUAAAGCAUAUUUUACUUAGAAUUAUGUUAUUUAUUUACUAUUUUGUUCCUAGAUAAA